AUGAUGUGUUGUUUGUCUGCUAAAGCACGUGAACAGAAACAAAGGAAUCGAGAAAUUGAAAAACAAUUACUUCUUGAUAAAAAAAAUCAACGACGAGAAUUAAUAUUCCUGUUAUUUGAUGCCGAAGGAUCUGGUAAAUCAACACUUAUGAAACAAAUGCGUAUUAUUUAUGGUACAGGUUAUUCCGAAGAAGAUAAACGUUCAUUUGUUAAAUUUGUUUAUCAAAAUAUAUUCAUGGCAAUGCAAUCAAUGAUUCAUGCUAUGGAUACGCUCAAAAUACAAUACAGAGAUAAAAACAAUGAGGUUAGAUUUAUAUUUUAUCUAUUCUCAUUUGUUUUUUUUGAACCUCAAUAUGUUGAAGCUAUUAAAAGUCUUUGGAGUGAUCCAGGAAUAAAAGAGUGCUAUGAUAGACGAAGAGAAUAUCAAUUAAUAGAUUCAGCUAAAUAUUACUUGGAUAGCAUCGAUCGAAUUGCUGCGCCAGAUUAUUUAUCAACUGAACAGGAUAUCCUAUGUGCUCGAAUCCUUAUUAAUGGAAUUACUGAAUAUUUAUUUGAUUUUGAAAAUAUUACUUUCCGAAUUAUUAAAAAUGGUGCACGAAGAUCAGAACAUCGAAAGUGGAUUCGUUACUUUGAUAAUGCCUUUGCAAUACUAUUUCUUGCCGCAUUAGAUGAAUAUGAUCAUGUUCUUGUUGAGUCUGACAAUGAAAAUCAAAUGGAAGAGAGUAUAGCAUUAUUUCGUACAAUUGUAACUAAUCGAUGGUAUAUGAAGUUUCCUGUGAUUCUUUUUUUGAACAAAAAAGAUUUACUCGAAGAAAAAAUCAUGUAUUCACAUUUGGUCGAUUAUUUUCCAGAAUUUGAUGGUCCUAAACGUGAUGCACAAGCUGCACGAGAAUUUAUCCUUAAAAUGUAUGUCGAUCUCAAUUCAAAUAGUGAUCGGAUUAUCUAUUCACAUUUUACCUGUGCAAAUAAUGCAGAUGGUGAUGGUGUCCAAUUUUUAAUUACUUCUGCUAAAGACAUAAUUCUUCAAUCAAAUCUAAAAGAAUAUUCGCGCAAUUAG